AUACUGGUUCUUACCCAAACAAAACAUGGCUAGUAAAAUGGUUUAUAUAGCCAUUUUGUCAAUUUUACUAGCCAUGGGACCAGAGUCUUGUUUGGGUAAGAGACCAGGACGGGCAGCAUUUAAUUCCAUAGACGGUUGUUGGCGAAGGAACCCUAAUUGGUUGAACAACAGGGAAGAGAUUGCAAAAUGCUCAGCAGGCUUUGCAGGUAAGAAGAUCAACAACAUUUGGGAAGACGUAAAGAAAUAUGUGGUCACUGAUCCUACUGAUAACCCCACAAGUCCUAAGCUGGGAACUCUUAGAUAUGGAGUGACCAUGAUACCUGGGAAAGUAUGGAUCUCUUUCCAGAAACACAUGUACAUUAAACUUGAAAGGACUCUUCUUGUUGGAAACUAUACAACUAUUGAUGGCCGAGGUGUUGUUGUUCAUAUUACCAAUGGAUGCCUCUUGCUCUACCAGGUAUUCUAUUUCUACUUACACUACUCUUUUUCCAUUUGGAAUCUAUCUAAUGAUUCAAAUUUGACGCAUAUUUUAAAUGUCCAUGGCAUUGUUAGGUUACUAAUGUGA